AUGGAGAGCUACCUGUACGCUGCCUACCACCCCUACUCCUACCGCUACCCGCCGCCCAAGGGCAAGGGGGGGUCGGCGGGUGGCUGGAGACCGCGGGGCAGCGGCUACUUCUCGGGCUAUGGGGAGGCGGCAGCGGCCGCCGAGUACUUCGACAACUACCAGCGGGCGCAGCUGAAGGCCAUCCUGUCCCAGGUCAACCCCAACCUGACGCCGCGGCUCCGCAAGGCCAACACCAAGGAGGUGGGCGUCCAGGUCAACCCGCGGCAGGACGCGUCGGUGCAGUGCUCGCUCGGGCCCCGCACGCUGUUGCGCCGCCGCCCCGGUCCCCCCGCCGGGCCGCGACCCCUCCCGGCGGAGAGGGAGCUGCCGCGGGAGCAGGAGCAGGGCAGCCCCGCCACCACCAGCACCCGCGCCGUCCGCUUCCCCCGCACCAUGGCCGUCUACUCGCCCAUGGCGUCCCGCAGACUCACCGCCUUCCUGGAGGAGCCGGGUCCAGAGCGGCGGCCACAGCAGGAGAAGGAGGAGGAGGCGGCGGCCGUCGAGGAGGAGCCGGCCGCCCUGCGGGAGCAGCGAGAGGCGGAAGCGGCCGCCGUGCGGGAGAGCUGGGAGAAGCCCCCCGAGGUCGACGCCGAGCCGCUGGAGCAGCGCCCGGCCGAGCCGCUAGAGCAGCGUCCGGCUCUGACCCCGGAGCCGCCGGCGGCGGAGCCGGAGGGCAGCCAGGUGGAGGAAAAGGCGGCGGCGCGGGAAGAGGCGGCGGCCGCCUCCGAGAAGCGGGAACCGGCGGCGGGCAAGACCCGGCUGCGCUUCCAGUUCCUGGAGCAGAAGUACGGCUACUACCACUGCAAGGACUGCAACAUCCGCUGGGAGAGCGCCUACGUCUGGUGCGUCCAGGGCACCAACAAGGUCUAUUUCCGGCAGUUUUGCCGGACCUGCCAAAAGUCCUACAACCCGUACCAUGUGGAGGACAUCACCUGCCAGAGCUGCAAGCAGACGCGGUGCACCUGCCCGGUGAAGAUGCGCCAUGUGGACCCCAAGCGGCCGCACCGCCAGGACCUCUGCGGGAGGUGCAAAGGGAAGCGCCUCUCCUGCGAUAGCACGUUCAGCUUCAAAUACAUCAUCUGAGUGGUUAUUUUUUUUGUUGAGGGGUCUUACAGGAAACUGCAAGUAGAGCAGAUUGGCUCUUGGUUUUGGUGGUGGUGGUGUUGAAGGCACUUAGCGAGGUGUAGGUGGGGAAAGCAUGCAAAUAAAAAUAUUGCAAAGCAUUCUCAGAUGAUCAGGCAGGUUUGUGCCCAGCUCAGAGAGUGCCUAUUGCACCUUCUGUAACUUGCAUAGGGGAAGAGCCUAUAAAUGUUUUGCGAAUCAGCAGUGGUCUUGGCAGCAGCUGGCUCGAGACUUUGUAGAAUCUGAGGUGGUGAAAGGAUGUUUGUUACUGCUCUUCCGCUUGAACUAAUCAAACACUUGAAGUCAACAUUAAAGUUGGGUAGUAGAGCAUCAUUCACAAGCAAAACACCUCAUAGUAUUCACUUACUGUGCACACUUGUAUUCUCUGUGGAAAGUCUCUGCACCUGUUCUUCAUCACUAGCAAAUGAUGUGUAAAGGCUAGGUUGCUUCUACAGCUGGUGUGCAUUUAGCUAAGCUGGUGCUCUUUUCUGUAGACUAAAGCCAAAGAAAGCUUGUGGUUAAUGCAUCUUUCAGGGGCGGUUCUCACAAACUGCUGAGGAAGGGAGUCACUCCCGUUAUGGUUUCUUGGUGAAUGAGUUGCCUACCUUUACUUCCACAAGGUUAUCAAGAGGAGUGAUGCUUCAAAGGCUUAAAGUAUGGUACUGUGUCUGCCUGGCUUCCUCCUGUACCUGCACUGAUGCACAGGAGCUGUGCACUUAGUGGCUUACACUUGAAGAGUUUGAUCUAGUUACAGUUUAGGUGUCUGUGGAAGUUUGAUCCUUCCCCAGUCACACCCUUCUGGGGUUGGGUUUGCAAUUAGGAGCUGUACUUCUGGGGCUGGGUAGUAAUGGCGGUAUCAGCAGAGUUACUCGGAGAUGAUGCUCUGAGGCCUGUGGUACUGCCAGUGGUAAUGACCUCUGUAAGUACACCACACUUCAGCAAGGUGUUACAAGCUGGCUCUGGGACUAUGGCAUCAGCAUCUGAACAGAUUCACAAGCUAGUAAAACCUACACUCCUCUAGACUACCUUUUAGCCAAGGAGUCAGAUAAACUUGGAGGAAAAUAUGGUGGAUUUUGGUUUGGGUUUUUUUUUUUUGAGGAUGCUAAUAAAGCUGUUAACUUCAAAAUUGAGCAUAAUAAUGCACAAAGCCUUCUGCAGAGCUCUUGACAUAAUUUCUAUUUGGAAGGACUGAUUUAUCUUUGCUGUAACAAACUUACCAACAGCUGUGCCUAGUCUACUUAUUGAACUCUUAUUAAAGAUGAAGGGGAACCAGUCUGAGUCCUGUGACAGGUGGGUGUGCAUCUCUAAAUGGAAGCUAGUGUGUAUGGCAGGGUAGGCCAACAUUGUACCAACAUAUGUCCAUUUAGAGGGGCAGUGAGUGUUAAUUCUGUAGGCUUAACUCAUCUUGCUGUAGAUUCCUGCUGCAGUUUAACAUGCCCCUUGAACUUGCUGCAGUAACUAAGGCUUAAUGCCUUGCACCAAUUUAUUACAAGUAAUGUUAUUUAUUCCUGCUCCAUUAUUACAGCAGCAUGAGGCACUCCAGGAACAAAUAGACCUCUUGCCCCCCACCCACCCCCCCCACUGGGGUACCAGUUUAUUUCCUGCUUCUGCCUGAAGCACUUUCCCCUA